AUGCAGAUACCGGCGGCCUCGGCGGCGGCGCGGCAGCAGGAGGCGGCGGGCGCGGAGCAGCAGGCGGCGGCGGGCGCCGCGGCGGUGGCGGCGGCCGCCAGCCCCUGGGCGGCGGCCGCGGCGCACGCGGCGGCGCUAGCGGCCAUGCAGGCGCGGUACGGUUCCUCCUACCAGCAGUACAACGUGGCGCACAGCCUGCAAAACAUUGUGGGCCCGGGCGCGGCAGGCGGUAUGGGCGGGCAGCUGGCCGGAAGCUACGGCGCGGCCGCCAUGCAGACCACACCCGUGGCGCAGUCCCUGAGCAGCAGCUACGCGCCGCUGCUGAGCCCCCCCAGCCGCUCCUUCCACACGCAGCUGCGGUACGCCGACUACAGCGGCAGCCUGGUGCAGCAGCAGAGCCUGGACAGCCUGCACGGAGUGAUGCCGCUGCUGCAGACCCCCACCUCUGCCAGCCAGCAGCAGCAGCCCUUCUCCCCGAGCAGCUUCCAGCCCAGCAGCGUCAGCACCUACCACGCCGCCCUGGCAGCCGCCCAGGCAGCCCUGCAGCAGCAGCAGCAGCAGCAGCAGCAGCAGCAGCAGCAGCUGCACCACGCCCAUCUGCAGGCGCAGGCGCAGGCGCAGCAGCCGCCGCUCAGCCCCUACAGCCAGCAGGCGGCGGCGGCGGCGGGCCUGGGCACCAGCUGGCGACCCAUGUGGCGCCAGCAGCAGCAGCAGCAACAGGCGAUGAGCUUGUCUGGCUUCGCGCUGGCGCACGCCGGCGGCGCGGCCGCGGCCGGCGACGGCACGGGCGCCGCGGGCGCGGCGCCGCCGGCCGCCGGCGGCGCGGCCGGCGCGCCCCGCGGCGCGCUGCCGGCGGGCAUGCUGCGCAGCGCGCUGCAGGGCGUGGCGGCGGCGGCCACGGCGGCUGCGGCGGGCGCCAGCCGCUGGACGUCGAUGGAUGGCAGCAGCGCGGGCGGCACGCCGCCGCUGGCGGGCAUGCCCUCGGCCGAGGAGGUGCCCCACCCAGCCGACUUCGACCCACUGUGGAGCGAUGCGCUACUGGAGGAGGAGCAGCAGGAUGGGCUGCAGCAGCAGCAGCAGCAGCAGCAGCAGGGCGGGCAGCAGCAGCAACAGGUGCAGCAGCAGCACGACCAGGCGCCGGUGGCCAAGCGGCAGCACAUGCAGGCGCCGGAGCAGCAGGCGGCGGCGGCGCACCGGCGCGAGCUGUCCCUCAGCUCGCUGCUGCCGGCAGCGCCGGCGCAGCAGCAGCAGCAGGCGCAGCUGCAGCAUGCGCAGCAGCUGCAGCACUACCAGGCGCUCAGUACCAGCAGCUUGCAGCACCCGCCGCACCUGCAGCAGCAGCAGCAGCAGCAGCAGCAGCAGCAGGAGCAGCAGGUGCAGCAGCCCCCACUGCAGCCACCAGGCCUGGGCGCCGCCAUCUUUGGCAGCGGCAGCCCCCCGAGCGACCCGCUUGCACUGGCCGCGCAGUGCCUGCCGCAGCUGGCAGCCCUCCAGCAGCAGCAGCAGGCGGCGGGGCAGCGCCCCGGCCAGGGGCAGCAGCACUCCCAGCUGCAGGCGCAGCAGCACGCCCAGCAGCAGGCGCAGGCGCAGCAGGCGCAGGCGCAGCAGCAAGCGCUCAGCAGCAUCAUGCUCUCGGCGUUUGGCCAGGUGGCCGCCGCCGCCGAGGCAGGCAACAGCAGCAGCAGCGCCGGCGACGGCACGCACCAGCAGCUGCUGCUGAUCCAGGAGGCGCUGUCGCUGGGCGGGCAGCACAGCCUGUCGGCACUGGGAGCACAGCACAGCCUGUCGGCGCUAGGCCCGCAGCACAGCCUGUCGGCACUGGGACCGCAGCACAGCCUGUCCUCUCUGGGCGCGCAGCACAGCCUGUCGUCCUUGGGGGCGCAGCACAGCACCGGGCUGACAGACGGGUUUGCUAGCUACACCCUGCAAGAUGCCCCGUCUACUGCGGUGUCGGCAGCAGUCGCCGUGGCGGCAGCGGCCGCGCUGGCGCAGCACCAGCAGCAGCAGGCGCAGCUGCAGCCGCCGCUGCUGCCGCACCAGCACCAGCACCCGCAGGCGCCGAUGCAGCGCCAGCAGGGAUUCUUUUCCGCAAGGACAGAGUGA